AUGUCGGGCGGCGUCUUCUACCUCGACGAGGACCGUGACAGGGAUCCAUCUCCAACAGAAUCUCGAGACUCGCCCAGCCCCCAACUAUCUGGUACCUCGACACCAUCAGUACCGACACAGACACAGACACAGCCCACGCCAAUCAACCCCACGACCCCGAGCACACUCCAGGUACCUCAACAGUCCGCAUUCUCGCAAUCGCCGGCGUUUGGUCGCAAGUCGGGGGUCUUUGCAGCCACACCCUCCUUCCCAUCGCCUCUAGCUCAGGCUAUCACAGUCCAAUCGCACUCGGACAGCUCGUCGGCCUCCUCUCAUUCGUCUCCAAACCAGUCUGACAAUGAGGACAACUCGGAACUCCCGGGCCCCGCCGCGGGGCACGAUUCGGCUAGGCCUCGGAAGCGCGCGACGUCGGCCGCAUCCAAGGCCCGAUCCAACUCGUCCCCUAGCGAGUCUACUACCGCCUCAUCCUCGCGCCGAUCCUCACGCCCACCGAGUCCUGCGCAACCGCGACAGCAGAUUCUCACACCAGGAGCCCUGCUCAUGAAUCGCGUCAAGCGUUCCAGCAGCAACUCGCCUGCAGCUCCGACGGGGGGCCCUGUUAGGAGCUCGCCACCGCGCCUCUCGCCUGGCCACCGUGAAGAUCUCCCUCAAAGCAGGCCCAGAUCGUCAUCUCCAAGUGACUCUAGGCACAGUGCGAGCGGAUCUAGCGGGCGCGGACUGGAGCCUGCGCAAACUGGGGGCUCCAGUCCACUCGCCUUUGGCAGUCCAGAUCUCGACGCCAGUGAACCCAUUGCAUCGCCACGUCCGGUCGUGGCCAAGCUCGCACAACGAGACCGUGACAGCAACAUCCUCGGGUUGGGUUGGACACCAAGCUGGGCAGAGGCCGGAGCUGCGGGAACCAACAGGGAGAGGGAGAAGCUAAAGAGCAGCCACCUGCGCUCACCAAGCCCGCGGAAAGAUAUGCCUUCCCCCAUUCCAUCCAUGCGCCCGCGGCGAGCCUCCGAAUUCCUGCGACCGUCGUCUAUGGACUUGCGCAAGAUGCCGCCACCGUUGCUGCCGUUAGCAAGGAGUCUGGCCGGCACCGCACCGUCUCUGUCGACGUCAGCGUCCAUGAUCUCGCCGCUGAACCCUCUGCCGUCACCGUGGAACGAGUUUUCCAGUGGCAAGGAGGGCAUGUCAACCGAGUCAUCGUCGGCUGCACCGCCGGCACUCCGUCUCAAUCGUGUUCCGGCCAGCGUACUAAAGGCGGCUGAUCUUAUCAAAUCGUCACAUACCCCUCCACUGCCCUUUGCGGAUUCCCCAAGUUCAUCGGCUUCCGUCUCCACGCCGAACCCCUCACCAGUCGGUUCCGAGUCUGUAUCGGGCUUGAGCGCGACGCGCAAGUAUGCGCUGGGGCCAUCAGCGACCCUACCGCCGGGAUCUCCCUCGGCGGCGGCAACGAGCCGAAUAUCAUCAACAUACUGGGAGCAUUCCCCGGGCACAAGCCCGUCCUCUCCGCCAGAUGAGUCGCAAGCUCCAGGUCUCUCUCCCUCCAUGUCUAUCUCAUCCGACAUCCGAAGCGGUUCGACGAACCCAAUAUCUGUUCCUCACGGCCACAGCCGCGCCAGAUCCUCGCUCCAGGAUGCGCUCCGCUCGCCAGCGAGUCUCGUGAUGUCGUCUCCUCCGACCAGUAUUGCGUCGCCAGGGUCGGCCAGCGCGAUGUCUAACGUUACAGAGGGCUCGGGUGACAGUGGGAGUGCUGCUGGUAUUCCUGGCAUCCCUGUUAGAAGCCGCAUGCGGUCGGUGUCGCACAGGGGCGGCCUCGCUAUGGAUCUCGCAGGAAUCACGUCCAUCGGUGACGCGGCAAGCCACGCCAACAUGAUCAUCCAGAGUCGACAAGCCAAGGUCCAGAGGUGGCGACCCGAUACCCUUGGUGGCGUCAUGGUUUCAGGGCAAAUACCUCCAUUGCGCUCUGCGGCGGAUACGGCGUCGUCGCGCUUCAGCGCGUCGUACGUCGACAGGUCAUCGUCAUUCGGGGGAUGGGAGCGCUCCGCGCCCGCACCCGCCACAGCUGGAUCAAGCCCCCAGACCGACAGGCACGGCCAAUCAGGAUCACAAGAGCCGAUGCCGCAGUUGGGUGGUAUUGGGAUGGAGAAGCAAGUCUCGGCAACGGGCGGCAUCGCGGGCAUCGAGUGGGUCGACUGGAUGGAUAACUACAAGGCGUACAAGGCCGAGAAGAUCCGGGCCGAGGAGAACGCAGCGUCAUCGAUACAGGCGGCGCAAUCUGCGCCGGUAAGCACCCUUCAGUCGCCAGCGAUGGACGGCGAUCUCUCGAGAUAUGAAGGGUUCCCGAGGGUGGCUACAACACCGAUUGCAGGCGAACGUCCGUCGACCUCCAGCGCUGUCCGAGAUGACGGCUCAACUCUGUCACAAUCCAUGUCAUCGCUAUCGCCGUCGAAUUCGGUGUCGUUUGGCGGUACACGCCGUAGCAUGUCCGUCCGGUCGAGCACUUCGGCCAUAGACGGCAAGGCUUCGCAGCGUCGCGCAUUGGGCCACGAGCGGACUGCCACCCACAUCGGACACGACAGGGCAACGCGGCAGUCCUCAGGCGGAUCUACACGAUCCAAUAUAGAUCCACAAUUGCGGCGGAAGAAGAACCUCGUGACCAAGAUGGAGGGGUGGUGGAACGCUGUCAAGAGCAAUUUCAGUAACGAGCUGUCCCCCUCAGAGCAUCGCACCAACUACUCUCAGCCCCGUGUUCCAUCAGCGCCGCAGAGUCCUCGUGCCAGCGAGAAGUCUCCGAGCUUAGGUUCCAGCCUCAUGCCUCCCGCACCAGCAAGACGCGCGUCGUCCUCGUCUGGGCGAUCGAUACGCGCUGCGACAUCACAUGUCGAGUUACGCUCGCCACAGCACCAGCCGGUGGAGGCAACGGCAUCCGAGCCAACAAGCCGGCUUUCGACACUGGCAGCUGCUGUGACGCAGCCUCCACCCGCGCUGUCCAAGGAGGGCGACAUUGGGCAUGUUGAACGGCACUCCCCAGCCCGUCCGCGCCUGGAAACGCGCCGCAACCAGCCGUCACUCCGCCUCGACUUGGAUUCGAACGUUCUCCUUCCGCGCCCACACACGGCUGCUCAAACCACCAGUUCUCACGCCACCGGUUCCAGUGGCUUCGCUUCGCAGGUGGGCUCAGGAUCACAGCCGGCGCCACAUGAGUCAAGAUCGUCCUCGUACGGCUUUGGUAAGGGCUUCACUCCAGGACCCACGCGAUGGGACGGUCAGCUUUUGCCGUCGCCGACGACCAUGGCUCAGGCGCCCGGAUCGGCUUCAAAUGAGAACAAGCCCGUCGCGCCGGGCGCAGAGAUCACUAUCGCUUCCGUGCGCCAACAUGUCAAGCAGCGCCUCAACGCAGCCAAGGAGCAAUGCGACCUGACUUUGAAGAGGAUCAUCGACAAGAUGACCAUGUAUGAGGAUCAGCGGAUCAAUGCGGCAUCCGAAUACGUCGACGAGAACCGGCAGGACUACUUUGACACUUUCAUGGACUCGCCAGUCCUUGACUCUACUGAUACUGAGGACGACUCUGCAGUGCCGCCUUUCGGCCGUGGGUCUGCCAAGUCUUCCCACGCUGACUCGCCAGUGUCCUCCCGCGGUCCAAGCAGACGAGGUUCGAUGUCGAUGUCAUCCUCGGCGGUCAUGUCCAGCCCAUCGCGACGGAUGGCCUUGUUGUCCAGUGUGCCCUCCAGUCCCCGACGCUCCAUGAGCCGCCGACGACCUAGCGUCGUCCCACGCGUCAUGCCCCGCGAUAUGACUCCUCGUGGACUCGAGGUUGAUCCGAACCCUUCGGCAUCUAGUUCGCGAUCAACCUCGAGAUCGCGCUCGCCAAUGCCCCACAUACGGCCAAUCGCGCCCAGCUUCUUCCUUGAUGGUGGUACAGAGGCUGAGCGCCAGUUCCUGCAUACCCUACAGGACCUGAUCGUCCUCGCCACUGAUGUCCUUGACCUCUCGGUGGACAGUCUCGUCUCGCGCCCUACAGCAUGCGUCGACAUCAUCCGCCAGCUCCAGAAGACCGGCCAGGCCUGGGACGAGCAUGAGGAUUGGCCAGGGCGUGACUGGUACGUCGACAUCCUGAUGGCCGUCGCUGCUCUCGGCCGCGUACUCGACUGGUGGCAGGCAGAGAAGGGCUUCUGGAACUUUGCGGACGACGACGUGAAUGAGCCGCUCAGCUAUGUCCUCCGCCCAGCCAAGGAGACGCCACACUUCGACCUCGAGCCUGUGUCCGCGCGACCGCUGAGUUCGGCAGGCGUGUCGCCCAUCGUGUUACCUGCUCAGGGCCCGGGGUUGCACGACCCCUCGAUGUUGACCGCGAGUAUCACCCUCCCCCCGCUGGACGAUCAUGCGCUCAAUCCCUCAGACAAGCCGACCGUGUCGCAGGCUUUACAGGCGAUCCAGGACUUGCGGACUCUUGCCGAGCAGGUCAAGAGCAUCAACAUUGUCAUGGAGCUAUCGCUCCAGGGUGAAGAGAUCCUAUACGUCAACGACGCCAUCUACGAGGUUCUUGGUCGCGAACCUGACGAUGUUCUGGACCUACCGAUUUCCGAUAUUACCGCCCCUGCAGACUGCGCGCACUUCGCAGAGGCGACGAAAACGUUGCUUGAGGAUGACAGCAACACGGUGGAACUGCGAUUCCGCCUCGAGGUGCACGACGGUAUUGAAGACGAGUCGGCCGAGGGCCGUCCACCUGGGCCCGUGUAUAUCGAACUCGAGGGCGUGGGCAUGCUCAUCCGCGAGAAUGACGAGCCAUCCCAUACCAUGUGGGUCAUGAAACCCGUCACUGCCACCAAGGUCGAUGGCUUGACCGAGGCGCUGUUCCCGCGCGACGGCGUCAUCUCCACCGAGUCGGUGUUAUGCCGCAUCUGCGAACGCGAGAUCGUGGCUUGGUUCUUCGAGAAGCACAACGAGACGUGCGACGCGGUGCAUCGACUAGAAGCUGAGAUCUCACAAACAGACGAUUGCAUCGGCGAGCUGAUCCACGCGUGUAACAAGUUGCUUGUGGAGAUCGAGGCGACCGCGGCCAUGGAUUUGCAGGGCCAGAUGGUUAUUUUUUACUCCAUGCCCCACUGCCUGUCCAACAGCUUGUCGUUCACCACCGAUCCGAUGGGCGUGGAGGUCAGGAAGUUCGACAUGUACCACCUCGAGGACGCGAUCAGCAUUCUCACACUGGCGCGCCAGAUCGAAACACCCAGUGUGCAGGAAGACGAGGCCGACUUACCAUUCAACUUCCAGCGGUAUCUCUCCCCGGCGUCAGAGGAGAAACUGGCAGCCAUCACCCGCUGGCAGAAGCCUCAAACGUCCGAUCGCGCACUUGGCGUUCUCCUGACUCUGGUCGAGGAACAACUGCGCUGCAAGCAAAUGGCGACCGCGCGCAUGCAGAGCACCAUCCGGUACUCAGAGAAGACGCGCCAUGAAUGGGAGGACAAGGUCAACCGGAUGCUGGCUGAAAGCGACAGCGGCUCCGACAGCGGCUCGGAUGGCGGUGCAGGGCAAACAGACCCGGUGGAAAACUCACCGCCAGGGCAGCGUAAAAUCGCGCCACUCGCACGCCUGCCCAUUACGCAGGGACACCCGGCAAGAUGGCCUCAGACCCUCGAGGAAUCUACAGCGAACACCAAACCGUCCCGAUCAGCCACGUUGCCCACGACUGCGGAGGAGCCCGAGCCGUCGCCAGAGUCAAGCCCGAUCGAAAGAGCUGUUGCAACGCCCGAGGCACGAGAAGUUUUGACGCCGAUCCCCAACGCACCAUCGACGCCGCUCACGCAGAUGUCCGGGGCGCCGAACGAGAUCGAACCAUUGUCAGCCAGAAUGGGCGCUCUCGGCCUCCAUGGCUCUCCGUCAUUGUUAUCGCCAGUGACCACAACCUCCGCGUCUCCGCAGGUCAAGGGGCUAGACCGCAGCAAGUCGGGCCACUCGCGGAAGGUGUCGACAAACAAGGUCCCGAUGUCGCCUGCUGUUGGAGCAUCACGUGCCGUGCAGCCUUCGAUCAAGGACUUCGAGAUCAUCAAGCCGAUCAGCCGUGGGGCGUUCGGGUCGGUCUAUCUUGCCAAGAAGGUGACGACGGGCGACUACUACGCCAUCAAGGCGCUGAAGAAGGCCGACAUGAUUGCCAAGAACCAGGUCACCAACGUCAAGGCCGAGCGAACCAUCCUGAUGAACCAGGCGAGCUCGCCGUAUGUCGCCAAGCUCUACUUUUCUUUCCAGAGCAAAGAAUACCUCUACCUGGUGAUGGAGUACCUCAACGGCGGCGAUUGCGCAACGCUGGUCAAGAUGCUCGAGGGCCUCCCGAUUGACUGGGCGCGCAACUACAUCGGCGAGCUCAUCUUAGGUCUCGAGUAUCUCCACUCGCGCAACGUCGCACACCGUGACAUCAAGCCCGACAACCUUCUGAUCGACUCGCACGGUCACCUCAAACUCACCGACUUUGGCUUGUCCAAGAUCGGUCUGUUGAACCGCCAGAUCGGAGGCCCACGAGCGCCGUUCCUCAAGGGCACGAAUCUGCGUGCGACCGCGUCUACACGUAGAGGAUCGAUGUUCUCCUCAGUCACUGACUCACCGGUCAUGUCCCCGGAGCUCAUGCCGACAAGCACGCUGCAUCAGAACUUUUACACGCACGACGGGGGGUCCACCGACGAGUCGAGCGGAUCAGAGUCGGGAGGCCUGGUACCCAAGCAUCUCGCGCAUCUUCGCCAUCUCUCAGCCAUUCCGAAGAUGUCGGCCGACUUAUCCAACCCCGGCACGAGCACGGAGCCACCACGGUUCGUGGGCACACCUGAUUACCUUGCACCAGAGGGCAUCCUAGGCGGCAGUACCGACGACCGCAUGGCAGACUGGUGGGCUGUUGGCGUGGUGCUCUACGAGUUCAUCUAUGGGUUCCCGCCCUUCCACGCUGAGACCCCCGAUAAGGUGUUUGACAACAUCAUCUCACGCCGUAUAGAUUGGCAUGAGGAUGAGAUGGACCUCCCCGUCGAGGCGCGUGACCUCAUGGACCGGCUGAUGUGCACGAACCCGGCCACCCGGUUGGGCGCACACGGCGCUGAAGAGAUCAAGCAGCACGCCUUCUUCGCGGGCAUCAACUGGGCGACGCUCACGACGGGCCCUGCGCUCUUCGUGCCUGAUGCGACAGAUCCGGAGUCGACAGACUACUUCGAUCCUCGUGGCGCAACAGGUGGUCAGUUCGACGAGGACACGUCAACAUCACCCAAGAUCAAGCCCCCCGAACACCAUCAGCAUCCUAGCGGCGACUCGGACGACUUUGGGACUUUCAACUUCAAGAACCUCCCGGUCCUGAAGCAGGCCAACGAUGAUGUAAUCAAGCGUAUCCGCAGCGACAGCAUGGCCGCAAGCGCCCUGUCACCGGAGCAGCAGCCGAAGGAGUUCCGUCGAAAACACGCGCGCAGCGUCUCGCGCGUACAGGGUCCGCCGAGCCCUUCCACCUCGACCUCGAGCGCAGGCUCGACGCCGUCCAGGCUCGCGCUGAGCCCAACUACUCCCGCGGGUGGACACACCCGCCGUCCCAGCGAGAUUAGCGCUCUCGAACGGGUAAAAAGCACUGACGACGACGGCGGCGCCCACCGGCGGCGCCCCAACCGAUUUAGGACUGGCAGCGUGUCCUCUGCCUCGGAUAGGAGUGUAGUUGUCGACCCCUGGAAGGCACAAAAACGGGCGCUGUUUGACAAGGAGGGCAUGCUCCUCUCUGCGGCUGACCUCACUCCGACGGACCGCCCACUGUCCGUCCUGAUUGCCGAAGACAACCCCAUCUCACAGAAGAUGCUCGAAACGCUUCUCGUUCGCAUGGGCUGCGAGUGCGUGUGCGUCAAGGACGGACCCGGAGCGCUUGCCGCGGCCAUGGGAUCCAUCAAGUACGACGUGAUCAUCUGCGACAUGCACAUGCCCUUUGUUUCGGGCGAGCAGGUUGCGCGCAUGCUCCGGUCCACAGCCAACCCGAACCAAGACACGCCCAUCAUCGCAGCGACCUCGUACGACCAAUCCGUUACUGAGGAGGGUACGCUGUUCAGCGCCGUCCUCGCCAAGCCGUUCCACAAGAUCGACCUUCUCCGCUGCCUCGCCAAGGCAGGCUUUACACUCAGCUGCGCGACACUCGGACCCGGUGGAGAAACCCCCGUCCAUACUCCCUCCUGA